UUCAAACCACCAAGACGAAUAUGAAAGGUAGGUUUAUAUAAUUUUUCAUUUCCUAUACUCAAAUAAUCUAUAACUUUAGAAAAAAUUCGGAAGAGUACUAGAGUCUCGACUUAACUUGAAACUAGAUUAUUUGUUUUGCAAUGAAAAUUCUUUUUAAACGUUGUUUACUGUUUCUGCCUUGAACUGAAACAUAUCAGUAUUUCGUAGCAUAAUAUAUUUUUAAAUGUUUAUUGAGCAUUUUAAAAAAGAUAUUUUCUAAUGUCCGCAACAAUUAGUAAGUAACUUCAAAAAAAUUAUUUCGAAAUUUAAGUCAUUUUUGGAGCGCGCGAAUCUUCUCUUGGUUUCAAAAAAUCGUUCAGAAGCAUUGCAUCCAGGUUUUGGUUUGCCGCAUAAUAUAAAUAUAGACAAUUUUCAUCACAAAUUUUAAAGCAGAAAAUUAAAGACAUUCACUCGAGUUUCAUGCUGUGCUUUUCGUUCAAUAUUUUAGUGAACAUUUUCGUCAUCCUUUUAGGAGAAAUUCGGGGGUAAAAAUGGCUCAGAGAUUGUUGCAUUAUCCAGUUUCUUAUUCUAUUUGGUCAUGGAAACUAAACCGGCUAAAAUCGCGUUUCCCGCCGAAUUUGAUGGACAGGAUGAUUGUGCGCGCAAGUGAUGAAGUGAAGCAAAUCAUUCCGGCUUCCAACACCUUAAAUGUAAAGGACUGUCUUUAUCUCGCGCUUGGUUUUAAUGGUCUACCACUCAUAAGUGAGUCAUCUCUUCAACAGAAACUAUGCAACUGUGCAGUCAUUUAUGCACUGCAAAAUGCGUGUAUAUGAACAAGACAAAAUCAGCGCGAUUUUCACGUUGAUAGCCAGGACUAUUAAACAAUUCAGCUCAGUUUUCUAUGACUUGAAUCAAACGAUUCAAAAAACUUUAACCAUGGCCAAGCCGGAGAGUCUAACUUUGUUUUCAGUGAUUAAGAAUUGAAAGCUCAUCUCCCGGAUGCUAGAUAUGGUUACGGCUUGUUUUGCUCCGUGUAACCGGCAAGGAAACAGUACAAUAUGGGCAGGGUUAGCUCAACAAAAUUUCAGUUAUCAUAAGAAUUUCUGCACGGCAUGAAAACCGGCAGGCCAUCAUAGACAGGACAUUCACAAUCAGAUCUUUCAACCCAGAAAGGUAUCUCCUUUAAUUAUGGAUAAGGUGACCGGAUUGUUGUUUUGCCUGUUUUGACAAUCUGAGAAUAAAUAAUAGUGUUGUCACAGGUUUACCGUCCCGUGUUGCCAGUACUGAACCGCGUGUAUGUGUUGUGUCAGUGAACAGUUCGAUUACAAAACAUAGACUGCUUGCAGUCUGCCUUUUCUCUAAAAAUCCGCCUAGUUCUUAUCUCGGCCAGCGCGAUUGCAAACCACGACGUUAUGUUACAAUAAGGGAUUGGGUCCAGACGCCCGCGCUUGCUUGGCUUUCGUAAAUUUGCAAAGAACUGAUAAGAGACUGCGCGCAGUCUAACAAAACAUGACACUAACGCUGUAUUCAUAUCCGAAGCGGGCGUAUAAUGUAAAUCCCAAAAUUAAAGCCAUGAAGAACACUGAAAGUAUCAUAGAAAGUCUCAUCCAAUAAUUCUAUAUCUUUAUUCUAGUUAUAUCUUAUUAGUAAUUCGAUUAUAUAUCGUCUUCGCUAAGUGUUUUAAAUAUUCCGGCAAGUUUCGUGUCCUCUACGGCUCUGCAUUGAGCCGCCGCUUUUUGUUGCUUGACGUCUCUCGUCCAAUACUACUUGCUUGUUCCGAUUAGUCAAAUAGUCUUUGUUUCUGAUUAUUUCUUCCUUACAACUCAUAUUGUUUAUUUACUUUCAGGGGUGGUACUUAUCCAAGUGGCUUGCCUGUUAUGCUCCGUCUUAGUAAUCACUACACAGUCUGCACCUUUAGAGAAAGAGAUCCGAACUACGGAAGAAGAGAAACAUGAGGGUAUUCCUCCCAUAAUGACUGCAACACGCCAAAUGAUAGAAAGUGAAUUGCCCGAGAAAGAAGAGAGAAGCUUUCCAGAGGUUGAGGAACUGGUCGAAAGCGAAUAUCCUGUCGCCGCAAAAGAAGACAGAGAAUUCCGAGAAGUGAAUGCAGAAGAAUUCUUCAGAAGACUUGAAAGGGAACUUGCUACGAAAAUGGCAAGGAGAGAGGGUAUUAAUGAAAAGGGAAACAAGGAUGAUAGGGACUUCGAAUUAAAGGGAAACGAUGAUAAACGUGAGGAGAUAGAACUUCCAGCGGAAAUGUUUAAAGAUGAGCAAGAUGAAGUUAGCCGAAAGUCUCCCAAAGAUGAAGACCUCACAACAUCUGAUGAAAGUGUUAGAAGAGAGCUUGAAGAAAUGCUGGCAAGAGAGAUAGCGGAGAAAACUAACAAGCACGAACUCGGUGAGGAAGAAGAGGAAAAAGAACUGAUGCCGAGACCCGAGAGAAUGUUCUUAAGGGAUGUUCCGGAGAAGAGCGAGAGGAUCUUCAACAGAGAAAUAAAAACUGCGCUUAAAGAAGACGACAGGCAUAAUAAACACAGGAGAGAUCCCUCUGAAGAAGGGAGAAAGAUAGAUCCAGAAGAGGAACGUGAAAAACAUGAAGAAAAUACGGCUUCAAACCAGAAAAGGGAAGAAGAAGAAGAAGAAGAAGAAGAAAGGGCAGCGAGAUCCAGGGAACUCCACUUCAGAACAAUGCACUCGGGUGAAAUAACACCAGAAUGGAAAAAACUGGAUGAACGAGUCCGAGCAUCAGAAGAGAGAGAGUGGCGCGAACGUGAAGCCGAGAGGGAGAGAGAACGUUUUGACUACCAUGGAAACAAGGAGCGUGAACGGGAGGAGUUGAGAGAGAGAAGGCGAGAAGAAGCCCUCGAAAAUGGUAAACUGGUUCAUGAGAGAGAAAUGGAGGGGCGCAAACAGCGUGAGACAUUAGGCUCCCAUGGAGCAAGACUGGAGGAAAGAGAGAGAUUUCGAUUUAGAGCUCGUGGCAACUAAACAAGAGGAUUUUAUAAUUAAGCAAUUUGUCUAAUCAAUACUCUUAUUUAUAACUUUGUUCGUAGUCGCUGAAAUAAUUUUCUCUGCAAUUAUGAUCUAAAUUCUUGGCCAACGGAGCAGCAUAUUACAGUGAUAUAGACUUGGCACGAUGCACAUAUAAACCUGAACAAAGCCGAUGAAAAAUAAAAUUGAUCAUAUC